UGCUGCGGCUGCCGCAGCGCCCGCCGCGGCUAGGGCUCUGGCUCCCCGGCAUUUAAAGGGGACGCGGCGGCGGCCCCGGGGAUGGGGGGCAGGUGGAAGGGACGGAACAGAAGCACACCAUCCACGGUCUAUUGGGACUGGAGGGACGCGUGAGUCGGAGCUCAGAAAUCCGGGGGUGGAUAAGACCGCGUCCCCCCCAAUUCCCGGGCUGUGGAUGACAGCUUGAGACCAGCAACGUUUCCGGAAGUGGGUGCUCAGGAUUACAUACCCACGAUGAGUGGGUGUUUUCCAGCUGUUGGCCUACGGUGCCUAUCUAGGGUAUGCUGUGGCCUGGCGAUGGGGGCUCCCAUCUCCCUAAGCCCCAUUGCUUCUCCUGCUGCCUGCUUGCUUCGGACUCUGGCAGAAACCCUAUCCGCUGACACGUUCUUCCCAGGGAAUUGGUCUUGGAUGUGCCAGCGAUCCUGGCUGUGGCCCGCUAACCAGGCUCUCCCUGGCCGGCUCCCGCCGCGCCGCCUCUCGCUUGCCCCCUCCUCCUGCUCCUCUUCCCCCUGCUCCCAGGACGGCAGGAUGGCUGCGCCAGGCGCACCUCGCUUCCUCUUGACCUUCGACUUCGAUGAGACCAUCGUGGACGAAAACAGCGACGACUCGAUCGUGCGUGCUGCGCCAGGCCAGCAACUACCUGAGAGUCUGCGUGCCACCUACCGCGAGGGCUACUACAAUGAGUACAUGCAACGCGUCUUCAAGUACCUGGGUGAGCAGGGUGUACGGCCGCGAGACCUGCGCGCUGUCUAUGAGACCAUCCCCCUGUCGCCGGGCAUGGGUGAUUUGCUGCAGUUCGUAGCCAAACAGGGCUCCUGUUUCGAGGUUAUUCUGAUUUCGGAUGCCAACACCUUCGGAGUGGAGAGUGCCCUGCGUGCUGCUGGCCACCACAGCUUAUUCCGCCGCAUCCUCAGCAACCCAUCCGGGCCCGACGCUCGGGGACUGCUGACGCUGCGGCCUUUCCACACGCACAGCUGCUCGCGCUGCCCCGCCAACAUGUGCAAGCACAAGGUGCUCAGUGAAUACCUGCGUGAGCGGGCCCGCGAUGGCGUGCACUUCGAGCGCCUAUUCUACGUGGGUGACGGUGCAAAUGACUUCUGCCCCAUGGGGUUGCUGGCGAGCGGGGACGUGGCCUUCCCAAGGCGCGGCUACCCCAUGCACCGCCUCAUCCAGGAGGCACAGAAGGCCGAACCCAGCUCCUUCCGCGCCCACGUGGUGCCCUGGGAAACAGCCGCAGAAGUGCGCCAACAUCUGCAACAGGUGCUGAAAAUGUGUUGAAGACCAUCGCUUGCAAAGGGAACUCCGGGAGAACCGGCUGAGAAGGGGGCAGGACUGAGAAUUGGUUAAGACCACCUGGUCUUACUCCUUCUUCCCCUUAGCUUUGCUACGCCCCUCUGGGCAUUUCUGGAAUUUUGUCCGCUUGUGGACUGGGAGCGGAGGUUAAGAGCCGUCCCUAUCUAUGCAGUUAUCGCAGCUCGGCUGCCUCCCCUCCAGGGAGUGGUGAGCACUCCUUGGAAGGCAGGCAGUGUCCCUCGAAUUUAGUGGAAGGGACUCCUGGCAGUUGGGAGAAGGAACAUCACCCGCUACUUUAGCUGCUGCUUCGGCUGCGUACCUCCCCUCCCCAGUCUUCUCUCAGACGGACUCAGGAUCCCCCAAUCCGCAUGCCAGCACCGGCUUCCUCUCACAGGCCUGUGAUGCUCUCGGAAUUCAGCUCCUAGGCAUCUUUGAUCUUGCUUCAGCCACCAAAAUCCUACACUAGUGCUACGCUGGCUGCGCCCUGCUUCCUUCCCCCGCCCACGCCAGAUACCGGCAAAGGAAGAAAAAGCCAGAGCGAACCGCCACCUCCUGCUGGUGGAACGAGGUAGAACCAACCAAUGACCUCGGAGAGUGUGACAUCCUCUCACUCUAACUAACCUCAUCUACUGCAUCUAGAGACCAGGGACUUCACCAAAGUCGUCCUCCGCAUCCCCCUUCGCCCUUAUGGAACAGAAAGCCAUGUUUUUAAGCAGAGCCAGGGAAACCCAGGCCCCUCCCCCCCUCUGGUUUUUCAGAGCUAUAAAGGAGGUGAAGGGGGACAAA